AUGUUGAUCGCUUCCAAUAAUAUUAUCUCUUCUGCUACCGGAAUCCAGCAAGAUGAUCCACUUGGUCCGCUAAUAUUUCCGAUGGUUGUUGACGGGGUAGGUCGUUCCAUCGCCUCUCCUUUCAAUAUAUGGUAUCUUGACGAUGCAACGCUUGAAGGACCCGUCGAGGCCGUAGCUGCUGACAUCCGACGAGUUCCGCUACAAUCUCCGAAGCGCCUUGCACAGGAUUUCUUAAAUGAGAUAGAUAUCACAGUUAAGAGAUGCGCGGAGUUAAUUUGCAACGUCAAUUUCGACGACACAGGCUGGAGGCAGGCAAAGCUCCCUUUGAGUUUCGGAGGCCUGGGCCUUCGAUCAGCGGUAGAUUUGGCCCUUCCAGCAUAUUUUUCUUCAUUUUCGUCCAGUCACGAAUUAAUUGAUGAGAUACUCGGUGGAUCGUCUCAGUGUUUCUUGGGUAGAUCUUUCGAACAAGCUUGCAGCGCCUGGACCCAAGAAUUACUUUCCCUCCCACUAGACACACCAAAACAAAAAAGCUGGGAUAAAAUAAAAUGCGAGGCCAAUUUUACUAAUUUGAGGCUCUCUCUGGAUCAGCAUGACCUCGCCUGUCUACUAUCUGCUUCACAACCGAGUAGUGGCGCCUGGCUCAACGCAGUGCCCUCUUCAUCUACCGUGUACAAGAGAAAGAAAAAUUGUGAAUAUAUCUAUCUAUCUAUCUAUCUAUCUAUCUAUCUAUCUAUCUAUCUAUCUAUCUCUUAA